CUGCGCAGCGGACUAGGAUGCUCUGUUCUCUCGCGCGCACACUCUCCUGUCUCCUGCUUUCCACCGUUAACAUGGACGGGCUUAAUUAAUGCAUGUGUCCCUCCUGCCCUGAAGCUAAUGAAUUUUAAUUCGCCGUUUGAGACUGGACUUGCAUUUUUUCGGCCGCAAAAGCACUGGAAUUUCCUUGUACAGAGUGGAUAACACGGAGGUAUCUGCCGAAUAAUACGUCUUCAGAAAAGAGGCAAAUUAUGCCAGCAGCACCAGAGUCCCUCCCCCUGGUGACUUGCCAGCCCAUUGGUCAGACAGCUCUGUGCACCACCUCUAGCCCCGCCCAAUCCCCUGGCAGAUCCAUGCUGCUGGACACGCCCCACAGAGCCACGCCCACACCAUGAGCGCCAACGGGCCCGCCCCUGUGGCCCUGGCUUCAGCCCCGGCUACAACCCCAGUCGCCCCACCGGUUGCAGCUCCGGUAGCUGCCCCCACGGCUGCCCCGGUCCCGGUGCCGACCGUCCCGGUGGGCGCGUUGGCACAAAAGAAGCGGGCGCAGUACGCCAAAAGCAAGAAGCAGGGCAGCAACGCCAACACCAGGCCUGCCAGGGCCCUGUUCUGCCUCAAACUUAACAACCCUAUACGAAGAGCCUGCAUCAGCCUGGUGGAGUGGAAGCCAUUUGACAUCUUUAUAUUAAUUGCUAUAUUUGCCAACUGUAUGGCCUUAGCUGUGUAUAUCCCCUUCCCUCAGGAUGACUCCAACUCCACCAACCAUGACCUGGAAACGGUAGAACAUGUCUUCCUCGUCAUUUUCACUAUAGAGACCUUCCUGAAGAUUAUCGCCUAUGGUUUAGUGGCGCACCAGAACGCAUAUGUGAGAAACGGAUGGAACAUGCUGGAUUUUGUCAUCGUCGUUGUUGGACUGUUCAGUGUUGUCCUGGAGCUUUUGACCAAAGACUCUGUAGAGACGAAGGAGGAGGCAGAGGCGGGUGCGGCGGCGGCGGCGGCGGCGGCAGCGCUCCACCCCUCCGCGCACGGCCACGGGGGAAAGUCGGGCGGCUUCGACGUCAAAGCCCUCCGAGCCUUCCGUGUACUGCGACCCCUACGCCUGGUCUCAGGAGUGCCCAGUUUACAGGUUGUGUUGAACUCCAUUAUUAAAGCCAUGGUCCCUCUCCUCCACAUCGCCCUGCUGGUCCUGUUUGUCAUCAUCAUCUACGCCAUCAUCGGCCUUGAGCUCUUCAUUGGCAAAAUGCACGCUACCUGCUUCUUCCCCAGCACAGGCAUGAUAGCGGAGGAUGACCCGGCUCCGUGUGCGAUCUCAGGGCACGGGCGCCAAUGUCCCAUCAAUGGCACCGAGUGCAGGGAGGGCUGGCACGGCCCCAACAACGGCAUCACCAACUUUGACAACUUCCUGUUCGCCAUGUUGACGGUGUUCCAGUGCAUCACCAUGGAGGGCUGGACAGACGUCCUCUACUGGAUGAAUGAUGCUAUGGGUCUAGAGCUUCCAUGGGUCUACUUUGUUUCUCUUGUCAUCUUCGGCUCCUUCUUUGUUCUAAACCUGGUUCUGGGAGUGUUGAGCGGAGAGUUUUCCAAGGAGAGAGAGAAGGCCAAGGCCAGAGGAGACUUCCAGAAGCUGAGAGAGAAGCAGCAGCUGGAGGAGGAUCUGAAGGGUUAUCUGGACUGGAUCACACAGGCUGAAGACAUCGACCCAGAGAACGAGGACGAGGAGGGCAACGAGGAGGGAAAACGCAACCGGGUGACUCUGGCUGACCUCACAGAGAAGAAGAAAGGAAGCAGGUUUGGGUGGUUCAGCCAGUCCUCCGACACUCAUGCGAGUAUGCCAGCCAGUGAGACGGAGUCGGUGAACACAGAGAACGUGACCGAGGAUGAGGUGAAGACACCGUGCUGUGGACCUUUUUGUCAAAAAAUUUCAAAGUCAAAGUUCAGUCGGCGCUGGCGUCGCUGGAACAGGUUCUGCCGCAGGAAGUGCCGGUUGGCAGUUAAAUCGGUGCCUUUCUAUUGGCUGGUGAUCAUCCUGGUGUUUCUCAACACACUCACCAUCUCCUCAGAGCACUACAUGCAGCCUGACUGGCUCACUCAAGUACAGGACGUGGCAAACAAGGUUCUGCUGGGAUGUUUUACGUGUGAGAUGAUGACCAAGAUGUACAGUCUGGGCCUGCAGGCCUACUUCGUGUCCCUGUUCAACCGCUUUGACUGCUUUGUAGUGUGUGGAGGCAUCACAGAGACCAUCCUGGUGGAGCUGGCCAUCAUGUCUCCUCUGGGCAUCUCUGUGUUCCGCUGUGUCCGCCUUCUCAGGAUCUUCAAGGUCACACGUCACUGGCAGUCUCUCAGUAACUUGGUGGCAUCGCUGCUCAACUCCAUGAAGUCCAUCGCCUCCCUGCUGCUCCUGCUCUUCCUCUUCAUCAUCAUCUUCUCCCUGCUGGGCAUGCAGGUGUUCGGAGGCAAGUUCAACUUUGACGAGACACAGACCAAGAGGAGCACCUUCGAUAACUUCCCCCAGGCACUGCUCACUGUGUUUCAGAUCCUGACGGGUGAAGACUGGAACGCUGUGAUGUAUGACGGCAUCAUGGCGUACGGUGGCCCUUCCUCAUCAGGGAUGAUCGUCUCCUUCUACUUCAUCAUCCUCUUCAUCUGCGGAAACUACAUCCUGCUGAACGUCUUCUUGGCUAUCGCUGUGGACAACCUGGGAGACGCGGAGUCUCUCAACGCUCCACGAGACAAAAAGGAAGAGAAAAAGGAAGACUUGGUGCCAGUGGAGGAAGAAGAGGAGAAUGCUGCAGCGGAGGAGGAGGAGGAGCCGGAGGUUCCAGCAGGGCCACGCCCACCCAUCUCUGAACUGGUCAAGAAGGAGAAGAUCACCCCCAUCCCUGAUGGCAGCGCCUUCUUUAUCUUCAGCAAGACCAACCCGAUCCGGGUGGGAUGUCAUAAACUCAUCAAUCACCACAUCUUCACCAACCUCAUCCUGGUCUUCAUCAUGCUCAGCUCUGUCUCCCUCGCUGCAGAGGACCCCAUACGCAACUUCUCUGCUCGCAACAUCAUACUUGGUUACUUUGACUAUGCUUUCACGGCUAUCUUUACUGUUGAGAUCCUGUUGAAGAUGACCACAUACGGGGCGUUCCUCCAUAAAGGGGCGUUCUGUAGGAACACCUUCAACCUGCUGGAUCUGCUGGUGGUGGGGGUCUCCCUGGUCUCCUUCUGCAUCCAGUCCUCUGCCAUCUCAGUGGUGAAGAUUCUGAGGGUCCUGCGUGUGCUUCGGCCCCUGAGGGCUAUCAACAGAGCCAAAGGUCUCAAGCACGUAGUCCAGUGUGUGUUUGUGGCCAUCAGGACCAUCGGUAACAUCAUGAUCGUCACCACGCUGCUGCAGUUCAUGUUUGCCUGCAUAGGAGUACAGCUCUUUAAGGGGAAGUUUUACCGCUGUACAGACGAAGCCAAGUCCAGCCCAGACGAAUGCAAGGGCACCUACAUCCAUUUUAAGGACGGGGACGUGAACCAGCCGGCCAUCCAAAAGAGAGUGUGGCACAACAGCGAGUUCAACUUUGACAACGUGCUGAUGGCCAUGAUGGCUCUUUUCACCGUGUCUACCUUCGAGGGCUGGCCUUCGUUGCUCUACAAGGCCAUAGACUCUAACAGGGAGAACCUGGGUCCCAUCUACAACUACCGCAUCGAGAUCUCCAUCUUCUUCAUCAUCUACAUCAUCAUCAUCGCUUUCUUCAUGAUGAACAUCUUCGUCGGCUUCGUCAUCGUCACCUUCCAGGAGCAAGGAGAGAAAGAGUACAAGAACUGUGAGCUUGAUAAGAACCAGCGGCAGUGUGUGGAGUAUGCCCUGAAGGCCCGUCCGUUGAGGAGGUACAUCCCUAAGAACCCCUACCAGUAUAAGUUCUGGUACGUGGUCAACUCCACAGGGUUUGAGUACAUCAUGUUCGUCCUCAUCAUGCUCAACACGCUCUGCCUGGCUGUGCAGCACUAUGGCCAGUCUGCAACAUUUAACUAUGUGAUGGACAUCCUCAACAUGGUCUUCACUGCUGUUUUCACUGCAGAGAUGGUGCUCAAACUCAUCGCCUUCAAACCUCGGAACACGGAGGACAGUGCUCGCAUCUCCAUCACCUUCUUCCGACUGUUCCGAGUCAUGCGAUUGGUCAAGCUGCUGAGUAGAGGGGAGGGCAUCCGCACCCUCCUGUGGACCUUCAUCAAGUCCUUUCAGGCUCUGCCCUAUGUCGCCCUUCUGAUCGCCAUGCUCUUCUUCAUCUAUGCUGUCAUCGGCAUGCAGGUGUUCGGGAAGGUAGCCAUGGUGGAUGGCACCCACAUCAACAGGAACAACAACUUUCAGACCUUCCCUCAGGCCGUGUUGUUGCUCUUUAGGUGUGCCACGGGGGAGGCGUGGCAGGAGAUCAUGUUGGCGUGUGUGUCUGGAAAGCUGUGUGACCCAGAGUCUGACUACAACCCUGGAGAGGAGAUGACCUGUGGAGCCAGCUUCGCCUACAUCUACUUCAUCAGCUUCUACAUGCUCUGUGCAUUCCUGAUUAUCAAUUUGUUUGUGGCUGUCAUCAUGGACAACUUUGACUAUCUGACUCGUGAUUGGUCGAUCCUGGGUCCUCACCACUUGGACGAGUUUAAGAGGAUCUGGUCUGAGUAUGACCCAGAGGCCAAGGGCAGGAUUAAACAUCUGGACGUGGUCACUCUGCUCCGACGCAUUCAGCCUCCUCUGGGCUUCGGCAAACUCUGUCCUCAUAGAGUGGCCUGCAAGAGACUGGUGGCCAUGAACAUGCCUCUAAACAGCGACGGCACCGUGAUGUUCAAUGCUACCCUAUUUGCAUUAGUACGCACAGCCUUGAAGAUCAAAACUGAUGGUAAUCUGGAGCAGGCCAACGAGGAGCUGAGAGCGGUCAUCAAGAAGAUCUGGAAGAGGACCAGUAUGAAGCUACUGGACCAAGUGGUGCCCCCUGCUGGUGAUGAUGAGGUAACCGUGGGGAAGUUCUAUGCCACCUUCCUGAUACAGGACUACUUUAGGAAAUUCAAGAAACGUAAAGAGGAGGGCCUGGUAGGGGUGCACGCCUCCCAGAACAACACAGCCAUCGCUCUACAGGCUGGCCUUCGCACGCUACAUGAUAUCGGGCCUGAAAUUCGACGAGCGAUAUCAUGUGACCUGCAAGAUGACGAGCUAGUAGACUUUAUUCCAGAGGAGGACGAGGAGAUUUAUAGGCGCAACGGCGGCCUGUUCGGUAACCACGUCAACCACGUGAACGGGGACCACCACCGGCGCUCAUCGAGUCACCAAACCAACGCCACCCAGCGGCCCCUGCAAGUGCAGCCGCCUCCGCACUACGCCCACAUGGAGCAGCCGGUGGGGCGUCUCUGCCGGGCCAAUGCCAUGUCCCACCCUAACCACCACCAUCACCACCACCACCACAACUCCUCCUACGGCAAGUCGCCCAAGUCCACCAACAUCAACUUGAACAAUGCCAACGUGUCCAGUCUGCCCAACGGAGGAGGGCACCACCACCGCUACUACGAGCACGCUCCGCCCCCCGCAAACGGUUACCCUGGACACCGUGGCGGCCCCUACUACCCCGACUACGACAAGCCACCUCCUCGCGGCACGCCGCAAGGACAAAGAAGGCGCUACUAUGAGACCUAUGUUAGGUCCCACGUAGGAGACGUCCGCCACCCGACCAUCCGGCGGGAGGAGGAGUUUGACGAUGACAGGUACUCAGGAGAGUACUAUAGCGGGGAGGAGUUCUACGAGGACGACAGCAUGUUGUCAGGAGACAGGAGGUCCUAUAAAGAAUACCUGGACAGGUACCAGAACAGUGACACAGAGUAUGAGACUCCUAGAGGCUACCACCACCCCGACAGUUACUAUGACGACGAUGAGCAGCCCCUCUACCAAGAUGGAAGGAGGUCGCCUAAGAGACGGAUGCUUCCUGCCACGCCUCAAGGUCACCGGAGGCCCUCCUUCAACUUUGAGUGCCUGAGAAGGCAAGGCAGUCAGGACGAGCUACCACACCAACGCACUGCACUACCACUGCACCUAAUGCAGCACCAGGUGAUGGCUGUAGCAGGGCUGGACUCCAGCAGAGCCCACCGUCUCUCCCCCACCCGCUCCACCCGCUCCUGGGCCACUCCCCCCGCCACUCCGGCCAGUAAGGAACAGUCGCCCUACUACACGCCCCUCAUCAGGGUCGAUCUCCCCGGACGCAGGGAGAGCGCCUCCAGCAGCCAGGUGUCUGUGAGGAAGAGUUCGUGGUACACAGACGACCCAGAGUACUCCCAGAGGACCUACUCCCCCGUCCACCUCCAGCUGCCUCCAGAGUACCGACAGCAUUACCACCAGAAGAGAGGCAGUGCUACCAGCCUGGUGGAGGCGGUUUUGAUAUCAGAGGGGCUCGGGAGAUACGCCAAGGAUCCAAAGUUCGUGGCGGCCACCAAGCACGAGAUAGCGGACGCAUGCGAGAUGACCAUUGACGAGAUGGAGAGCGCGGCCAGCCACUUGCUGAACGGCGGUGUGGCGCCGGCGGUUAAUGGGGUCAACGUGUACCCCGUCAUGAGCGAGCGGGACUACGACCUCCAGGACGCCACGGCCAGUUACAGUGACGAGGAGCCGGAGGUGGAGCUUAGAUUACCGUACGAGGAGGACCUGGCAGACGAGAUGAUCUGCAUCACCACUUUAUAGCAUCGGCUGGAGAAUAAACUACUAGAAACUAACUACUAGCUGUAUGUACUCUACUUCAUAUAGACUACAGUACCAUCAGUGGAAAACUAAAUGAGAAAUGCAUCUAUUGGCUUACGACCAAAAGAAGUGCCUUUUACAUGGAAGAGAAAGGCACCUAUGAGGAGAGAGAGACACACUUAUUCUCUCACUCACCCUCUGCCAGCCAGGGAAUUCACAUCACUUCUGUCAAUCACAAGACCAGGAGCCAAUCCUGGUGCCAGGGAACCAUGUUAGUCCCACCCUCCCAGACCGACACUACUGGCGCAUAGAAGGCCAUGACCAUCUGUCAUAGGUCACCGUCUGGAGGUGACACUCACAGGUUCAUCAACGAGCCAAUUGCAGACGAGGACAUGGCGUGUCAGUGGAGGAGAUGGACCUAUUGGCAGAGGCGUGAGGUACCGUGGGCAGGUCGUUAAGGGUGAUGACAAUCAGAUGUAAGAUGUCAUUCCCUCUGUCACUUUAUUAAGAUUUUGGCAUAUCAUGCAAGUUUUCAAUGCAAGCAUAGAAAGGCAUAUCUCUCCCCACCUAACCCCCCUUAGAUGUUUUAGUAUAACUUUGAUCCCGGAAUCAUUGACAUAAAUAAUUAAAAGAUGGCUGUAGAUGGUUCACAACGAACAGAUUCUUAGAGAAUAACCAGUUUACGUAUGCAGGAGAUAUCAGUCACAUUUAUAGCAUCUUCCAACUGGAGAUAUACACUUCUGAGACGACUACAGCAUGGAAUAAAUGCACUAGCAGGCAGGUUGUUUUUAAUUUGACAAUAGCCUGACGAUGAAUAUUUCAUAGUAGAUAUAGUGUAAAUGAAUUGUAUUAUAUAAACAAAAAGAAAAACUUUGUAAAGAGAUGUUCUAUAUUUUGUAAUUGUGUACCAUUUCAAAAGAAGAUCAGCAAUACACACCCUAAUGAAUCCUAUUAUGCUACCAGGAAAGAAGAUCGCUGGUGUUAUUAUUUUAUUAGGUACAAUAUUCUGACAUUUAUUUGCCUUUUCUUUGUUGUUGCUCAUAUGCAUCCUUGACAUGUCUGUGAACAGCUUUUUUUAAUUGUUUUGUUUUUCGUGUAACAACACAGCUGCACAAGAUAUGCAAAUGUCUUUGUUUUUUUACUUGUUUUAUGAGCAUAAGAACACUGUAUAUGUGUUACUCAAACCACACCAACACCAGUACCACAAAGUAAAGUACCCCUUAUUAAGAGCAUCUUUGUAGGACUUGAUGUUAGCUAAGGCUCAAGGAGGCUAUUCUACCUUUAUAAAGAUGUGAUACGUAACUUCCGUGUUUGCAUAUGUUGUGCAGAGGAGGUGCACAGCACAGAAAGGUCAAAUGCCUAGUGCAUUGACAAUGCUGCUUCAUUCUCCCAUUUUCAAAUGAAUUCUACAACUUUAUUAGUUUCAUCUGUCCCAACUGAAAUGCCUUCUGCUGCUGAAAGAAAACAAUAUGAUAGACGUGAGAUGAACAGAAAUCUCCCUGUCGUUCUCAAUGCUUUUAUUGGGAUUUUUCCUCAAUAUACGACUUGUUGAUCACGAUUAAUGUAAGUUAAUUCCACUGAUCCUUUCAAACUGAAUCUUCCUAAUCACUUGGCCUUUAUGUUGUUGUGUGCGAGACUUGUGACAGACUGGGCCGGUGUGAGCCAGGACAGACGGGAUGCAUGGUGGUUGAUUGGUAAGGCACGUAUUCAUCAGGGAUGUUGACAGGGCAGAUGAGCUCACGUGAUGAGGCUGCAUCUAGCCUGGGUGCCAGUCUGGUUCUGCUCUCUCGCCAACUCCUUACGGAAUUGUCAAGCAAAACAUGACGAUGGAGUAGGCAAAAGCACAAACAGAUCUGGGACCAGGCUAGGUAUCAUCAUGGUCUAGGUAGGUCCACGGUCUCCACCAUUGUUGUCCUCUUCUGUUGUGUUGUCGUGUCAUAUUUGGCCCGAAGUGUUUUAGCUGGAGAGAGGCUAAGCAAUACUAACCCCCUCACUCUCUCAGCCUCUCUGGCUUCUCUCUGCAUACACUAUACCUCGUGGUGGUCCAGCAUCGUCUGGGGAAAACAUAUCAGCCUUCCUCUCAACCAACCAGUCUGUUUCCCACAGCCAUCUUAUCCGUCCAAUGAGAAGGGAGUGUUUGUACUAUGGCUCAUUUUACAAGAAAACUCAACUUUUGUUGAUAUCAAUGCAAGUUGAAAAUUGAUGCACCACAAAAUUACUUUACACUAGCAGACAAAAAAUAAAGUACUAAGUUCACUUUUUUUUCAGGCGCUGCCCUGGAUAGUUUGAAUAAGCACAGAUGAUGGGUAGGUGAUGAGACGUGUGGGAUCUGUAAUUCAUGAGUGUUUGAUUUGUAGGUCAUGAGUUCGCAUUGCGUUCUCAGUCAACCUGAAUACUGUCGUGAAAAUGUAGGUUAUCCACUUUGUGUGCACAUUGAAAGGGCUCUUUGAAUUGUUUGAGUAAAAAAAAAUGUGUUCUGGUCUUUUUGUUGAGAAUUAUUUUGUGAAAGGACCAAUGCGCAUUCCAGGCACGUUAUACUAUUCGUAGCAAUUACUGAUAAACUGAAAAUAUGCAUUAUUUUGUAAACACUUUUAAAAAGGUUGUGUUAAACUAAAGAUAAAACAAACAUACUUUUACCUCAUGUCAGGGAUUCCUGAAAAAAGAAAAGAGAAAAUGAUUUGGUUCAUUCUAUACCAAUGGUAAUUCAAUAUUAGCACAUAGCUGUUUGUCUUUGCACAAGUAACUGUAUAGUGCUAUUGUUUCUCCUUUUUCUAUACACAUUUUUGUGAAUUAAGGUGAGACAAUUUUGUACUUUUUUGUGACUGUGUGUAUGGUUUAGUGAAAUCUAUAUUUGUCAUUUACACCUCACCUUUCAAUGCUGGGACAGAAAGAAUCUGAAAAAAAAUAAAGAAAAAAAUAUACAUUUUCAAGGUGCACUGUUCCUCUGUUGGCGGGUUAAAAAAAGAUAAAUCCAAUGGUAAUAUACCAGUUUACAGAGAAACCCUUGUUGAUUUAAACAUUUUGAUUAGUUUUCAUUCUAUUAUUAUAAUUAUUAUGAUUACUAUUACUACUAUUACUGUUAUUAAAUAUGUAUUAAAAUAGAAGAUAAUGUAAAAUAUGUACAAACAUAUGGAAAGACCCAUGCUAAUGUUCUCUACUUGAAAGUCCUUAUAUUUUCUCUGUAAUGUUUUUAUUCAGUAAACAUGAUUUCUCUUAGUAGCAAAUGCUUUAUUAUGACCCUCUAUGUUUUGUAUCAAUUCAUUUUUUUUCCAUUUUUUUUGUUGCCUUGAAUUCAUUUUAAUCAAUAAUGAUAUUUUAUUUUCUAAUGAUUAUUACUGAAUAAACUUACACUGAAAUUCUA